CCGGUGGUUCAAUGGUAACAUAUUAAAAUAGGCUUCGAUGAUUGAAGAACCAGAAUAUUUUAACAAUUUGACAAUUAUGUAUUUAACCUAAAGGUACUUUCUGAAAAGACAUAGGAAUGUACAUUUUUCAAAAUAUACUCCCAUCAUUGAAAUUUAAAGAUGUGACAGACAACUAUGAUUUUCUAUAGUAAAUAGAAACUUUGUCAAGACAAACAAUUUUUAAAGUCGGUUAAUAGCUUGCUAUUUUCUAGACAGUAGGAGGAAAAAUUGUAAGUCACUAAUCGUGGGAAACGGGUUACAGAUGUUCUAUUGGUUAAUAGCUACAUACCAAUCGUUUUAGAGUUUUUACUCUAUUGUUACACGGUACUAUAAAACUUUGAAACACCACAGUUUGUAUCACUCUGCCCUGAACAUUCAUUGUCAACAUUUUUAAACCACAAUUUAAAUUGUAAUAUUUUUUUUUUUUUAUAUUUUUUAAAAUGAAUCAAUCUAAAAAAAUAAACUUUUGGUAUAAAGAUCACGUUGUAGUAAAAGAGUGGGAGGGCAACUCACAGGCGUACGUGCAUUUUAACAAGCUGACGAAGUCGGGAACAAAGUCCCUGACAUUUUGUGGUGAUGCUAUCCGAGCGCUACUGGAUAACAAGGAAGAAAUAGGGUCAGCGAUUGACGCGGUUGAAAGGGAGUUCCAAGAAGAGUGCGAGAUGCUCUCCCUUGCUGCUCGAGAUGAACUGGAAGAAACACAAUUAAUCCAAAGAGCACCGCUGAACACCUCACGGCGGUUUCAGCCGUAUGGAGCUGGAGGGAACUUUCAAGAAGAGCAGGAACAAGGAGUUCCAAUCAACAAAGUGGCUCUGGGGCUGGGGCAGGGACGAGGAGGAGCUCCCAGUAACAACAACUUACUGGGACAAGGACGAGGAGUUCCAUUUCGAAGAGGGCGAGGAUUAUUCCUCGCACUUCAACAACAACAGCAACAAUAUGCAAGCAGCAGCAGAUACCAAAACAUUUCGCCGCCAACAGUGGUGGUGUCCGGAGUUUAUAGUAUCGUUCAUACUAAUUCUGAAAAUGUGGAAGUGAAGAGGAGAAUGCUGGGGGAGAACGAUUCUCAGACCGCAGCGACUCAAUCUGGUGUGGUAUGUGGACGGACUGAUGUCACCACGGAGAGUGACGUGUUUGGAAUGCACCUCGUCGUCACGUGUGUUGAGGUGGUUGUCACCUGA